CAGCCUGGCAAUAAGCAGAUCCAGAACCGGAAGCCUUUCUACUAGAUGAGCUAUUAACUCCUGCUCCGUAACGGCCAGUCAAGGAUUAUAUACACGCCAAGAGAGUGAUACGAUGACUGGUGUUCAAGACAAUGACGACCUGCUACUGGCUCAGAUCGGUUAUCGACAGGAAUUGCAACGCGAGUUUUCGAAAUGGUCGACCAUCUCCUACGCUAUCUCCAUCUUGGGCAUUCUCGGUUCUGUGCCAGCGACCUUCGGCGCUCCCUUGGCCGCAGGGGGACCAGCCACAGCGGUAUGGUGCUGGUUUGUGGGCUCCUGUAUGGCACUCUGCAUUGGAAGCUCUGUAGCGGAGCUUGUAUCGGCGUAUCCCACAGCUGGAGGCAUGUAUUUUGUCACCAAACAUGUGGUUCCAGAGGAAUAUGUGCCCAUAUUCUCCUGGAUUCAAGGUUGGUGUAACCUGCUGGGACAAACGGCAGGGGUUGCUAGUGUGGUCUACACCGUAAGCCAGAUGCUGCUUGCCUGUGCAAGUAUGAAUUCAGGUUUGGUUGACGGCAAUCACUCUUACUCCCCAUCUGCAUCCGAAACCGUCCUUUUGUCUGUGGUUCUCCUCUGCAUACUAGGUCUGGUGUGUUCCAUGACCACCAAAGCAUUGCAUCGCAUCAUCGCCUGGUUUGCUCCCAUCAAUAUCGCUGCCACUGUCUGCAUCUGCUUCGUACUAUUGUGGUACACGCCCGAUAAACGGCCAGCCAGUUGGGUAUUCACUCACUUUACUGAUGGAUCUGGCUGGGGUUCCAAGCUCUUCUCCUUUCUCCUGGGCUUCAUCUCCGUCGCUUGGGUCCUCACGGAUUAUGACGGAACAACUCAUAUGUCUGAGGAGACUCAUGAUGCGGCUGCCCUGGGACCGAUCGCCAUACGUACGGCUGUGCUCGUCUCGGGUGCCCUCGGUUGGCUCUUGACGAUAUGCCUUUGUUUCUGCCUCACUGAUUACGAAGGCAUUCUCAACUCGCCCACUGGACUACCGGCUGCGCAGAUCUUCUUAAAUGCCGGAGGGCCCGUCGGCGGCUCGAUCAUGUGGGGGUUGGCAAUCCUCGUGCAGCUCUUCACCGGCUGCUCAGCCAUGUUGGCCGAUACUCGCAUGGCCUACGCAUUUGCUCGGGAUGAAGCGCUCCCAUUCUCCUCCUUUCUCUCUCGCAUCAACCUCCGUACCCAAACCCCAUUGAACGCCGUCUGGUUCGUCGUCCUUUUCAGUAUCGGCCUUACCUGUAUUGCCAUUGGCUCCACACAAACCGCCACUGCCAUAUUCAGUAUCACCGCACCAGCUCUCGACCUAUCCUAUGUUUCCGUGAUCUUCGCCCACCAGAUCUACCGCCAGCGCCUCAAAUUCGUCCAGGGACCCUUUACUCUAGGCAGAUGGGGCCCCUACAUCAACUGGAUAUCAAUUAUUUGGGUGACGUUCAUCAGCGCGGUGCUGUUUUUCCCCCGGCAAUUGCCCGUAACAGUCGAGAAUAUGAAUUACGGAAUUUUCGUCGGAAUAUUUAUUGCGUUAUUCGCAUUGGCAUGGUGGUGGGUUGCUGCAAGGGGGAGAUACACCGGACCUCGAACGAAUGAAGAUUACGAGCCUGCUUCCACCGAGGAGGUCUACGGAACGUUUGAGGAGCGGCACUGAAUCUCAAAAGACCCCUUGCACCUUUCUGUCCAGGCUGGUUGGGCGGGCUCAAACUUCUGCGGAGAACGGGAUAAUGCCUAUCAGAGGUCAUGGUACGCGCCGGAAGAAACCAUCAACCGUCAUUCCUGGUUUCAUCACAUCGAAGCAAAAGCAUGGGCAAUACCUUGGUCACACUGUUGAAUUUUUUUUUUUUCCGUUUUAGGGGUUGGGGGGCGAAAAUCGAAGGAAGGUGAUAUUUCAUCACCGAACACGGAACUCGUUCAAAG